AUGUCUGACGGCGACCCGUCUCUCGAAGAAGAUUUACCUAAGACGCUAUCAGAAAGAAAAGAAGAAAAUGUAUUUACGCCUAAAAUAAGUACACCUCUUUUUGCGGGGACUGUAAAAGUGCACCAUAAGCACAUAGAUUCCGCCGAGACUGAAUCCUUCCUCUCAGACGUCCAGCGCAAUGACCUUGCCUUCCAACAGCUGUUCCAAAAUGGAGAUGAAGACUUUCUCGAGAGGGAGAAGGAGAAUCAAGGGAAGUUGUCGGACUUCCAAGCCAUGUCUGUCCUCAGCACAUACCAGGACAAUCUGUCCCAGGACAUGAACACUGAGAGGGACGACAGCGAGGCGUCGACGCGUCCCGCCGAAGAGUGCGGGUGCGGUCCGUCGUAUCCCGAUUCGGCCAACAAUAAUAGCAAACCGGCCAACCAUUGCUCAAUUGUUAUGGGCGGAAUUCUCAACAACCCCUCCUUGUCUUUCAACGACGGCGUCCGCUCCGUGGACUUCGUGUUGGUGUGGGAGGCCGGCAAGGAAGAUGCGACCACUCGGGAAGCGUACGAGCAGAGGAAGAUAUUCGAGGAGAACCUCGAGAACGAAGGGCUGCACCUGGAAAGGGAGGCGCCGCCGGAUCUACACGGACUACAUUUCAUCAAGAUCCACGCCCCGCUUUCAGUUCUUCGAGAUUACAGCGAGGUAUUGAAACUCAGGAUGCCCAUGAAGGAUUGCAGUAAGAUACGGAGGGGGGGCCGGACGAAUGCGAUACUGAGCGCUGCCUUGUACAUGUCCAAGUUUUCAGCCUUGAAAGACGCUCCGGAGAAAACGAAUUCCUUCCUGGACCGCAUGGACGAGUGGUGGGACGGGAUCAUGUCCAACAUACGAGUCGACCCCACCUUGUUCCCCGAAAGGAAACACCGCCUUACUGCCAUUUAUUCCAAGGAUAAGGAAUAUUUAUUUGACACGACAUCGGACUGCUUUUGGACGCCUUCUGUGCGGUCUCGAAUAGUCCAAUUCAUCCUCGACCGGAAGAAGUUCUCCAACUCGCCGACAGAUGACUUCGCCUUCGGUGUCGCCAGGCUCAUCGCAAACAACGUGUACAGCGCGGCUUAUCCUCUACAUGACGGCGAUCUCAAGACCCCGGGCUCUAUGCGUCACCUGUUGUACACGGAGUGGGCGAGCAUCUCCAAAUGCAUCAAGUAUCAACCUCUCGACUACGUAAAGGAUUACUUCGGAGUGAAGAUCGGGUUAUAUUUCGCGUGGCUCGGUUUCUACACGCACAUGCUCAUCCCGGCUUCGCUGGUGGGACUCAUCUGUGUCAUAUAUUCGGCUGCUACCGUUUAUUCCAAUACACCGAGCGAGGAGGUGUGCAACUACAACUCGACCAUAAAGAUGUGUCCGCAGUGCGACUUCCACUGCGACUUCUGGGACUUGAAGGCCACGUGCCUGCAGUCCCGCAUCACCUACCUCUUCGACAACUCCACUACGGUAUUUUUCGCGAUCUUCAUGAGUUUUUGGGCGGCUUGUUUCCUGGAGCUGUGGAAGCGGUACUCGGCAGAGAUGACUCACCGGUGGGACUUGACGGGCUUCGACGUGUACGAGGAGCACCCCCGGCCGCAGUACCUUGCCCGACUUGCGCAUGUCAAACGCACACAGCUAAAUGUGGUCACCGGUGAAAGAGAACCGAUGGUCCCGUUCUGGCGCAUGCGCCUCCCGGCUACGCUCAUGUCGUUCAGCGUGGUCGCGCUGUUGGUGCUGCUGGCUCUCGCCACGGUUCUCGGGGUAGUCCUCUACAGAAUGUCGCUCUUGGGAGCGUCGAUCUUCCGCGAGCAGGACCAAAACUUGCUGAUAACGUACAGUCCUAUUAUGUUCACUACCGCGACUGCUGCUUGCAUCAAUCUGGUCUUCAUCUGUAUUUUCAAUUACAUUUACCAAUUCCUAGCUGAGUGGCUGACGGAGAAGGAGCUGUUGCGGACGCAGACCGAGUUCGACGACUCGCUGACUCUUAAGAUAUAUCUCUUGCAAUUCGUGAACUAUUACGCGUCGAUCUUCUACAUAGCGUUCUUCAAGGGCAAAUUUGUGGGUCGGCCGGGGGGCUACAUGCGCUUCUUCGAGCAGAGACAAGAGGAGUGCUCUCCUGGUGGGUGUUUCUUAGAACUGUCAAUUCAACUCGCCAUUAUAAUGGUAGGAAAGCAGUUCAUAAACACCGUUGUGGAGAUGAUGAUGCCCUACCUCCUCAAGUGGUGGAAUAUUAUUCGCACUAUUGGGAGGAAAAACACGAUCAAGAGCUCCCUCCAAUGGGUAAAGGACUUUAAGCUCGUUGACUUUGGAAACAUGGGACUGUUUCCGGAAUACUUAGAAAUGGUGUUACAGUACGGGUUCGUGACGAUCUUCGUGGCGGCGUUCCCGCUGGCGCCGCUGUUCGCGCUGAUCAACAACGUGCUGGAGAUGAGGCUGGACGCGUCCAAGUUCCUCUCGUGCUACCGCCGCCCGGUGCCGCAGAGGGUCAACGACAUCGGCGUCUGGUACCGCAUACUGGACUCUAUAGGCAAACUCAGCAUCAUCACUAACGGCUUCAUAAUAGCGUUCACGUCGGACUUCAUCCCGCGACUGGUCUAUAAAUACACGACGGGCACGCUCAACCAGUACGUCAACCAUACGCUGACCGACUUCAACGUGACCGUGCUGGAGCAUCCUCCGUUGAAGACCACCUACGAGGGAACUACGUGCAGCUACCCGGGCUACUGGUCGUACAGUGAAGGCGACGACUAUCAGCACUCCAACUGGUACUGGCACGUGAUGGGCGCUCGCCUCGCCUUCGUAGUCGUCUUUGAGAACGUCGUCGCCCUGGUGAUGAUAAUCGUCCGCUGGGCGAUCCCGGACAUGUCUGGUGAGCUGCGCGACCGGAUUCGUCGCGAGGCGUACGUCAUCAACAGCUUCAUCAUGGAAGAGACGCGCGCGCGCUCCCUCGCCUCCAGGACUCCGCUCACGAGUCGCUUCGACUCCGGGACGGGGAUGAGGCCGGGAGCGGAGACCAGGGCACCGCGGACGGCUCAAGGUGAUACAGAAGACUCCAACUGGAACCACAUAGCGACGCUCUCCGGAUCUGACUUCGACCUGGCCGCGCACGGCGAGCACCAGGACAUAAGGGACCUGACGACGCGCGUCACACAACCGACCAGAGACAAGACGCCUCCGGCACACGUCUAG